AUGGGAUAUCUGACUGAAGAAUCAAUUAACACCUUAAAGAACCACAAGUACAGAGGAAGUCCAACCACUCCGCUGAUGAAGCUUUUAGACAAAAUACUAUGGACUCCGCUCUCUAAAUUUAUUCCAAAUUCCAUAGCUCCAAACAUGGUUACUCUUUUUUCAACAAUUUUUAUUAUGAUUGGCGUCAUCCUCACGCUGGUCUAUAAUGACCUGCAAUUUGGGAAAAAUCCUCCCCUCUGGGUAUGGCCAGUCGCUGGAUUGUGCUUAUGGCUAUAUGAUACUCUUGAUAACUUAGAUGGCAAGCAUGCAAGAAAAACUGGGCAAAGUUCACCAUUAGGGCAACUAAUGGACCAUGGUAACUAUGUCUCCAUAUCAAAUGGCUGUUUAUUUUUGAUAGAGGCAUUUCAUAAGGCAAAUUUCCUUUUUGAUAUUGAGACUUUUGACCCAAAAACCGUUAAUUUCGACCAAAUUUUUCGAUGAAAUGCACACUAUUAAAAUUACGCAAUCAUUGGGCCUGAACCUGGUAACUAUUAUAUAGGACUUGAUAGCAGCUUUAACACCUUUGCAGUGUCCUUCCUAAAUUUCCAAUCAGUAGGGCUGCAUGGCACAAGUAUAUGGAUUCCUUUGAUAAAUAUUUCAGUCCAGUCCAUAUUUUUUUACGCAGCAUGGGAAGAAAAUUACGUAGGCUCAGUAAGGACAACCCUUGGAUGGCUUGGGGUUGAGGAAUUCGCUUACAUCCACGCUAUACAGUUUGUUUUCACUUUCUUUGUGGGCUAUGAAUUCUAUAAUACUGAACUAGUAGCCGGAUUUGCUAUUAAGGAUGCUUAUGGAUUAUAUCUUUGCUUCAUGUAUUUUAUAUUUAGAUUUAUUUAUAUCGUAUCCAGGUAUAUUAAUAAGACAUUAAGAUUUGCCAAAUCUUAUGCUCCAUUGCUAAAAUGGAUUCCUAUGAUCCAAGUUUAUAUUGGGACCGCUUUGAUUUAUCAGACAAGUGUCUAUAGUAAGUAUGCCUUACUAUUUAUGAUAGACCAGUCUGUGCUCUUUGGGGCUCUCAGUGUGUGGAUGAUCAUUUGCAAUGUGUCUAAGGUGAGCUUUAGUCCAUUACGUAUAGAUACUUCUCUCUAUCUAUUGUAUGCUAUUUUAGUAUAUUCUGGGAUUGAUCUCUUUAACCAAUUUGAGAUCCAUUUAGCAGUCACAUCUGCGUACGUAAUUUACAUGUGCUAUUUCUUUUCUGCGUUAGCUUUAGAAAUUGCCAAUUAUUUAGACAUCCCAAUAUUCACAGUCAAAAAGAAAGUAACUUAA